AUGUCUUCUUUCCACCUGUACCGAGCAGCCCUGCUCGCCUGCAUCAUCGCCACCAGCCAUGCACAGCAGGUCGGGACCUACCAGACCGAGACGCACCCGUCCCUGACCUGGCAGACUUGCACCAGCAGCGGCAGCUGCACCACCAACGACGGCGAGGUGGUCAUCGACGCCAACUGGCGCUGGGUGCACGAGACAUCGGGCUAUACCAACUGCUACACUGGUAACACUUGGGAUGCCACGAUCUGUCCCGACGACGUGACCUGCGCCGCGAACUGCGCCCUCGAGGGAGCCACCUACGAGGCGACCUACGGUGUGACCACGGACGACGACGCCUUGCGGCUGAACUUCGUCACCACCUCCUCGAGCAAAAACAUCGGCUCUCGUCUUUACCUGAUGAAUGAUGACAGCACCUACGAGAUCUUCAAGCUUCUCAACCAAGAGUUCACCUUUGACGUGGACGUCUCCAACCUCCCCUGCGGUCUCAACGGUGCACUGUAUUUCGUCGCUAUGGACGCCGACGGCGGCACCUCCGAGAACUCCACCAACAAGGCAGGCGCCAAAUAUGGCACAGGGUACUGCGACUCUCAGUGUCCCCGAGACUUGAAGUUUAUUGACGGUGAAGCCAAUGUCGAGGGCUGGGUGCCGGACACCAACGACGUCAACAGCGGAGUAGGCAACCACGGAUCGUGCUGUGCGGAAAUGGACGUCUGGGAGGCGAACAGCAUCUCCAACGCAUUCACCGUGCACCCCUGCAACACCCCCGGGCAGACCAUGUGUGAAGGCGACAACUGUGGUGGUACGUACAGCGCCACCGGAGACCGGUACAGCGGCACAUGCGAUCCAGAUGGCUGCGACUUCAACCCGUACCGCCUGGGUAACACUAGCUUCUACGGCCCGGGACUGACCGUGGACACGGACAGCACCUUCACUGUGGUGACGCAGUUCAUCACCGACGAUGGAACCUCGACGGGCACGCUCUCCGAAAUCCGGCGGCUGUACGUGCAGAACGGCGUGGUGAUUGCCAAUGGCGCCUCGGCGUAUUCGAGCGCGAGCGGAAACUCGAUCACGUCAUCGUGGUGUGAUGCACAAAAGACGCUCUUCGGAGAUGAGAACGUGUUUGAUGUGCACGGAGGAAUGGCGGGGAUGAGUGCGGCCAUGUCGGAGGGAAUGGUUUUGGUCUUGAGCUUGUGGGAUGACCAUGACGCCGAUAUGCUGUGGCUGGAUAGUGACUACCCGACCAACAAAUCGGCCACCUCCCCUGGUGUGGCACGUGGUACUUGCAGCACUGAUUCUGGGGUCCCGGCUACUGUGGAAGCUGAUGACGCGAACUCGUAUGUUACAUUCUCCAACAUCAAGUUCGGGCCCAUUGGAUCGACCUAUUCGAGUGGAUCGUCUGGCUCCGGCUCCGGCUCCGGCUCCAGCUCAACCACGGCCAAGACCACCUCAACCACUUCCAAGGCCACCUCGACCACCUUGAAGACCACUUCAACGACGAGCGCGGGCAGUUCGACUUCGACCUCGGUGGCUCAGGCAUAUGGACAAUGCGGUGGUGAUAGCUGGUCGGGACCGACGACUUGUGUCAGCGGAUAUACCUGCACGUAUGAGAAUUCCUAUUACUCGCAGUGUCUGUAAGGGAAUGAGCAACAAUGAGCCGG